AUGAACAACGAGAGGACAGUGUUUUAUGGAAAUUACUGCGAAGCCAAGGACAAGCCCCCAGCAAUCAGGAUCAAGGUCAAUGCGCUCACGCAGACGUGGGACAUCGGAAUCCUGGACAUCUUCGGGUUUGAGGAGCUGCAGAGGAACGAGUUCGAGCAGCUCUGCAUCAACGUGACCAACGAGAAGAUGCAUCAGUACAUCAGGGAGGUUCUGUUCCUGCAGGAGCAAACAGACUGUGUACAGGAGGGAGUCGCCAUGGAAACGGCUUAUUCUCCUGGAAACCAGACUGGAGUUUUGGAUUUCUUCUUCCAGACGCCGUCCGGAUUCUUCUCGGUGCUGGAUGAGGAGAGUCGGAGGCUGUGGUCGGGGGAGGCGAGCCUCACCCGGAAGCUGCAGGGCCUACUGGGUGACGCCAGCCCCGAAGCCGUGCUCGCCUCCUCGCUGCAGGACGGGAAUGGGAACCCAGCGGCCCGCGAGCCGGGCGCGGCCUUCACGGUGCUGCACUACGCGGGCAGGGUGACGUAUGAAGUCACGGGAGCCAUCGAGAAAAACAAAGAGUCCCUGGCCCAGAGCCUUCUGUCUGUGAUGAAAACCAGCGAGAAUGUCGUCAUCAGUCACCUGUUCCAGUCGAAACUGUCACCCACGGGGUCCCUCGUGUCCUGCUCACCAGCCUCAGCUCUCUGGGGACAGAAAGCCCCGCUGCUUAGUAAGAAGGCGACGGCGGCUGUGGCCACGGGCGAGAGCAGAAACUACCUGGAGCUGGGCAAGUUGUUUAAGAAGAAGGGAGCCAGCACCUUCCUCCAGCGCCUGGAGCGCACCGGGCCAGCCACGGUCGCCUCCCAGCUCCGGAAAUCCCUCGCGGACGUUCUCGGGAAACUUGCGGCGUGCACCCCGCACUUCGUCCACUGCAUCAAGCCCAACAGCGCCCAGCGGCCCGACGCCUUCGACAGCUGCUCCGUGUCCGCUCAGCUGCGGUACAUCGGGGUCCUGGAGAUGGUAAAGCUCAGCCGAUACGGGUACCCCGUGCGCCUGCCCUUCACGCACUUCCUGGAGAGGUACCAGCCCCUGGCCACCGCCUUCCUGGGAGACAGGCCGCCGCCCACCGCUGCACCCCGGGACUCCUGUGGGCGCCUCCUGCAGCUCUGCAGGCUGCACGGCUGGCAGAUGGGCGCCCGGAAGGUGUUCCUGCGGCACUGGCAUACGGAGCAGCUCGGCGCCCUGAGCCUGCAGCUGCAGAGAAAGACCAUCACCUGCCAAAGAGUGAUCAGAGGCUUCCUCGCUCGCCGCCGCUUGCUGCACAGAAGGACCAGCGGGCACCGGGAGGCCACGUCCAUCCACAGCUUCCUGCAGGCCACCGAGGCGCUGGGGCUGAGGACCUACGAGGCGCUGGUGCUGCAGAAUGCGUCCGACGUCGCCCGCGAGGAGCACCGGCUCAGGAGCGCAGCGGAGAAGCUGGAGGCCAGGCUGGCGCCGGAGGAGGGAGGCAGACGCGCUGAAGACAAGGGUGCCCCCCGAGCCCUGGUCGCUGUGGACAGCCUGCUGCAGGCCCUGGCCACCCCGUCCUGCCGCUCCCCGUCACUGCACUCCGUGUUCAGCCUGGAUGACAGCGCCGGCCUCCCCUCGCCCCGAAGGCAGCCCCCGCCCAAGCCCAAGAGGGACCCCAGCACGCGGCUGAGCGCCUCCUACGAGGCUGUGAGCGCCUGCCUCUGGGCGGCCCGGGAGUCGGCCCAGGAAGCCCUCACCCGCCCGCGGCCCCACAGUGACGACUACAGCGCCAUGAAGAAGACCCCGCCCCGCAAGCCCAAGCGAAGCCCCCACACCAAGCUGAGCGGCUCCUCCGAGGAGGUCUCAGGCCUGCGGGCGGCCAGGCCCCGAGGCAGCCUGCCGUGGACCCCGGGCAGCGUGGCUGGGCUGCCGGCGACCCCCAGCCCUCACACGCCCCCCGCCCACGAGGAUGCAGAGCCCGUGUACAUCGAGAUGGUGGGGCGAGCGGGCAGCCCCGACCCGGCUGACGCGGAGGCCGUGUACGAGGAGAUGAAGUACCCCGUGCCCCCCGCGUCCCCCCCGGAGGAGGCCGGGCCCAACCAUGCGCCGGGGACUGCUGGCAGGGACGCGUGGGACAUCCCCCCGCCCUUCCCCAACCUGCUGCCCCACCGGCCGCCCCUGCUGGUGUUCCCGCCCACCCCCGUCACCUGCUCCCCUGCCUCCGACGAGUCCCCGCUGACGCCCCUGGACGUGAAGAAGCUGCCGGUGCUGGAGCCCACCCUCAAGUACCCCGUGUCACCCGAGGGCUCCAGCCCGCUCUCUCCACAGUGCUCUAAGCACCACCGAGCUGAUGGCGACAGGCCCGUGUCCCCCGGCCUCCUGGUUCCCGGCGGGACGCUCCCUGCGUCCCCGCCGCCCACACCCCCGCCUGCCCCCGCGGCCCCGGCCCCGGGGCUGCCCGCUGCACCCUGGCCACCCACGCAUUUCGCCUUCAUGCCCGACGCCCCGGCCGGCCCCGAGCUGCCCAAGGCACCCCCCAAGCCAUGCAGCUCCUUCUCCAGGCCCCCGCCCUCCCCCGGGAAGGCCGCCCGCCGGGCCAACUCCAACUGCCCCUCCCCAGGGCCCUGCAGCCCCCCCAGUGCCAGGCCCAUUGGCAGCCCCCUGGACGAGCUCACUAGCCUCUUCAGCUCGGGGAGGAGUGUCCUGCGGAAGUCGGCAGCCGGGAGGAGGAUCCGGGAGCCCGCGGGUUUUGAAAUGAACUUGAACCUGAGCAGCGGAGGUGACCCCGGCGCGUCGGAGCUGGGCCCCGAGACCCGGGACAGGAACGCUAACAACCGCACCCCGGCCUUGUCCAACGUGCUGCCCGAGACCCUCGCCGCCGAGAACGGCAACUCCGUGGUCAACGGCUCGCUGGAGGAGGACAGGCUCUGCAGGCUAUCCGCCGGCACCCCGGCCAUGACCUCGUUCCAGAGGCACCGAGAGGGUCCCACGGCUCAGGUCAUCCAGCAGCUGCGGCUCUCGGAGGACGAGAGCCUGGCCCUGCGGGAGCUGCUGGCCUGGCGGCGGGAGCUGUGUGAGCCGCGGGCACCCCCGCCGCCGCCCUGCAGGAAGCCCUCAGCACUGAGCAAGCCCGGAGGGGCUGCCUGCAGCCGCCUGCCUGCGGACUUCUGGGACUCCAGCAGCUGA